AUAGAAAAAAUUUUCGAAAAAAAAUUAUUUAUAAAUUUAGAAGUAGAACUUUUGCUGUAGAAGGACAUAUGAAGUUAUUGAAAUGAUGUUUUCGUUAUGUAAUACUUUUUUUGUGUCAACAGGGAAGUAAUAGUAAUUAUAUUUAAUUAGCUUGUUAUACGUGUGUUGUUAUUUACUUUUCAAAAUAAAUAACUUAUUGACAGCUGACGCUCGACAAGUAGUUUUAAAUAAAGAACCUUCACAUUAUUGCGUACCUGGAUGCAAUAUGCAAUACUGCAGUCGUAAUGUGAUAUGAGUGUAAUAAGUCAACAAAGUGUUUGAAAAAAGACAUAAUUAAAACGCUUCUGUUUAGGAUGGGCAGUAAUUUUUUAUAUGGUGCACGGCGGUGCGACCCUACCCGCGUUGCGCAGUUGCUGGGCGUGUGCGCAGAUGUCCUCGGAGCGGAGCCCGCCCGCGCCCCCCCUCCCGCCCCUGCUGGCGGGUGAGGUGCCGGCAGCGCUCGCCUCGGUGCUCUCCGCCUGCACGUGUGGCAGCCCGGAGCAGGAGCUGCUGGCGCUGCGAGACCGCCUGUGGCUGCGCGAGGGCACGCCCCAGCCCCCGCACGUGUCCUUCUACCGGUACAUCGAGCCCGUGCUGCAGGACGGACCCAAGUGUGGCCUGGUGGCGCUGAGCAUGGCGUCCUCCUGCACGGCCCACCCGCUGCCCGUGGACCGGCUGCUGCGGGAGGCGCGGCUGCGCGGCUUCACCAACCACGGGGAGAUGUUCAGCGCAGACGACAUGGCGAGCCUGGCGCGCGACCUGCUGCGCCCGUGCCGCGAGGUGGAGGUGCUGCGUCAGGGCCUGGACGACCGGGAGUACGUGGUGCGCUGCGUCUCCCGGGGCGGCGUGCUGCUCGUGCCCUACGACGCUGACGCGAACCACUCGCCGUGCUGCCGGCGCGGCCACAAGGCGCACUGGGCCGUCGUGUCGGGGAUCCUGGUGUCGCAGCGCCGCUGCCACCUGGUGGCGCGGCAGGGCAAGAGCCGGCACCUGGCCGUGUGGCCCUACGAGGACCUGCGCCUCAGCAACCUCAACCUCUUCGAGCUGGACCCCGCGCGCGCCGCCGACGGCCGCUCGUACGUGCUUCCCGCGGGGGGCGUGGCGGCGGGCCUGCGCGGCCGCGCCGUCAUGCUGCACGGCCUGGGGGGCCCGUGAGUUGGCGACCGUGGCUCCCGGGCUGCCUCGAUCCCCCUAGUUCCUACUUCCCUUCCCGACCAGUUGACGUGUCAGCCGUGCUGAAGUGAUAUUCUGCUGCCUUUGCCUGUCGCACGUCCUGACUUGCCACUUACCUCGUCGUGCCGAGUAAAUGGUCAUUAUUUUAAUAUAUUUAUCAUAUUGUUGCUGUUAGUUCAAAAAAGGUCGUAUGUCGAAAAUUUGGAAUUUUUAAAUUUCUCGGCUGUUCGUGUAUUUCGGAAGGCAACCUAUGUUGUGGGGAAAAAAGUCGUUUGUCGAUAGCUGUAAAGUAAGAAGCGUAAUUCUAAGAAUGCUACUCAAAAUUUCACAACAUAAUACGAUAACCCUGACGAAUGAAACAGUUUUUUUUUUGAUCUCCUGGAAAGUGAGACAUUUUCGACAUACGACCUUUUGCAGUAACAGCGACGAUAUAUCUGUUGUUCAUUUGUUUGCAUUCAUCAACUUGUAAUAGAAUAUACAAAACUAUAUACUGAAUUUACUCGAUUCUAAGACACUUUUUAUUAUACUAAUUGGCGUCGUUAUUUCGAUUCUUAGAUGCACCUAGUAUUGAUUUUUUAUUGAUUUUUUUUUUUUUUUUACCGUGGGUUAGGGCUUAACAAUAUUGAUGAUUUCCUAUGUUUGCAGGCAAACUCGUUACAUUGGAGUAAUAAUAAAUAUUUUGCUAGAUAAGAAUUCGGUAUGUGGUACGAGAAACGGUCUGCUGUAACAUUAAAGUUAAAUGUUGAUAAUUACAGGUGCAUCAUGUAAACAAGGCUCAUAUUGAUUUCAAAAAGACUCAGAGCACGUGAAACAUUAAUAAACAACAACCUCCCCUGACUUAAAGCUAACCAGUAGGCCUGUGCGAAGCGUCGCAAAUUUGAAUCAAUUCGAAUCAUAAUUUAAUAUUCGCUUCAAUUCGAAUACAUUUUAAAUAUUCGCAUGUUUAGAAUAAUUCGUAGCCGAAACACUACGUAUCGACUAAUAGCGUGCACGAGUCGACAAUCGAUCCUUACUUUGUGACAAUCGAUAUUGCUUCUUGACACAAUAGUUUCUUUGUUCCUUUGUUCCUUUGAACGGUAAAUAACACUUGCUUGCACUUGCUUUUGUUUUUGAGAACGUGAGAGAGGUCUGCGCUUUUUAAGUUUUUAAAAACCACGAAAAGAUACUGGUAUUUAACGGACCGGAGAUUGUGUCUGAUUUAAACUCAGAAAAUACGCCCAAAAGAAGAAAGAGUGAAGUAUGGCAUUAUUUCACGAAAGGGAAUGACGACGUUGCGAAAUACAACUCCUAUAAUGUGAAACUAAAAACGCUACGAGGUAAAUUACGUUGCGAUGCUAAAUUUGUUUGAAAUAAAAAUUGUGCCACCUAUGUAUGCCUAUUUACUGUCCAAACCGAAAGUUUAUUAAUUAAAAUUUGAUGGAAAUAUACAGUUUUAAUUACUGUAACCUAAAUGUCCCGUUUUAGUUACUCCAUCCAACCUAUUGUAAACAAUGUCAGGAGAAAUUUAAACAUGUGUACAUAGGAUAUAAUUCGCCGAGGUGGACUGGAGUUACAAACCAUUGCCUUUACUAGACAAUUAUUCCAAAAGGAGAAAUAAUGUAUAGGCAAUUUAUUGACUUACAAUUUGAAUGAAUUUAGAGGUUAGGAAAAGGGACGUGUAGGCCUGUAUUUAAAUAAAAAUAGCUGAGACUUUGUGGGGAAGCUGGGUGAAGGUUUGAGACUCAAUGGACUACCCAGACUGUAGUCUGUUAAUGGUAAAGAGCAUUUUUAAACCAAUAUUGGAAUAUCAUUACAACAUUCUUUGUUUUAAUUUCAAUUUGAGUAUUCUUUUAUUUGCUUAGUGAAAAUGGCAGGGAAUUAUGCAAGUCCAUAUUUAUUCUUAACAUCUUAAAGUUUAACUAUCUACCAUGAACAACCUAUGCCUUUAUUAAAAUAAAGGCAUAGGUUGUGUAUUAACAAAAUAUAUAGAAAAUAAUUUUUCUAUAUAUUAUUUAUUUGUUAAUGCAUACACCACACAUGAGUACCUUUAUGUUGUGGUUCGGUUCCAGGUACAUCCUCUACAUUGCAAAAUCACUUGCAAGCUAAACAUGCAGCAUUAUACCAUUGCAUGAUGCAAGAUAAGAAAGAGACCUCAACAGUAAAACGAAAUUCCGAACAAGCUACUAAAACAAGCUUGCGGCAGCCGACCAUUUCACAAGUAUUAAUGAAAUCCACAAAAAUGCCACCAAGUGACCCCAGAGCUCAGUCCAUCACGAAACAAAUUACAAAAAUGUUGGCAACAGAGUUGUUGCCAUACGAUUUCGUAGAAGGUGAAGGUUUCAAAGAACUGAUGGCCAACCGGCACGUAGCACCAACUUACCAAGUACCUUCUCGGACCACAUUUUCCGAACACUGUGUCCCGGCCCUCUACGAAGAAACUAAACAGGCACUUCAGUCAAUGCUUGUUGCAGACCUUCCAUCACUGUCAGCCAUAUCAUUAACAUCAGAUGGCAGGACUUCUCGUUCCAGUGAAAGUUACAUCAGUCUGACGUGCCACUACCUCAGGCCCGACUUUUCCCUGGUUUCAUUUGCCAUGAACAAUAUUGUAGUUCAGGAAUCUCACAGAAGUGUCAACAUUGCUACAGCAAUUAAGUCAGUUUUAUGUGACUGGGGUAUUUCUGUUGAAAAUGCCACUAUACCCAUUUUUUGCAUCACUGACAAUGCUGCAAACUAUAAAUUAGCAUGUUCUUCACUAUUUCAUGAAAUUGCCCGAAAUUGUUUUGCCCAUUCGCUUCAAUUAGCCAUUGAAGAUGCAAAGAAGGAAUGUGCAGGUACACAAACACUCCUUUCCAAAGCAAGAGCUAUUGUUGGUCAUUACCGACGUAGUAGUUCUGCAAGGAAACAACUGCACAAACUUCAAGAACAGAUGAACAUACAAAAACUGGAGGUUAUCCAAAAUGUGGACACACGUUGGAAUUCUGAAUUUGCUAUGCUGAAGCGGCUGAUUCAGGUAAGACCUGCUAUGGUGGCCGAACAUGCAGAUUCAAACAGUACAGAAAUGCUCUCUGUGUCAGAGUGGAAGCAAGCAGAAGGUAUUGUUGAGAUUUUAAAACCACUUGCAGAGGCCACAGAUGAAAUGAGUGGGGAAAAAUAUGCUACAUCCCAAUUUUGCACUGCUUGUUGGCUAACCUUGAGCUGCAUAUUCACCAGAAGAAAGAUGGAGUAACAUUUGCAAGAGUGUUAAUAAAAUUUUUGAAAUCCAGAUUACAAAAUUUUAUUAUGGAGUCAGUGAAUCACAUUUCAAUGUUAAUAGAUUCAAGGUUCAAGGGUGUGUUAAUUUCUGACACAGAAGCACAGGCUACACUGAUUUCUGCACUCAGACUAUUGCCAAAAGUAAAUAAGUUACCUCAAGAUGUACCUACAUCCUCUCAGAGUUCAGCAUCAAGUUUGUGGUGUGUCCUAGACUCUAUUCCUAAUCAAGUGGACAUACAUGAAUCGGAGGAAGUGAGAAGAUACCUCAAAGAACCACGUCUUAACAGGGGUGACGAUUCCCUUCACUGGUGGAAAAUUGAAGGCAGAAACAAAUAUCCUCACCUAGCACAGAUUGCUGUUAAAUACCUGGGUAUUCCUGCAACUCGGGUAUCAUCAGAGAGACUUUUUUCUUCUGCAGGAAAUGUGGUCAGCAGCCGUAGGGAAAGUCUCUUGCCCGAACAUGUGGAACAGCUAGUAUUUUUACGUGCUAAUUUGAAGCAUAAGAAAACUGUGUAGUGUCCUUUAAAAAAAAUAUACUGAAGUGUAUUUUGGCAAUGUAAAACUAUUAGCAGAGUAAUGUAUGGCUAUAAUUUUUAAUAACUAAAGUAUUUUUUUUAAUGGUUAAAUUGCAACUGCAAGGCUACAAGUGAAUUUAUUAUUCUUCCAUUUGAGUGUUAUUUAUUUAUGCUACUUAAAUUUUAUUUUUAAUAUACAAAAAGUAAUGAGGUUUGGUACAUGUGUUUCACUAUAAAUUGCAGUGAAAAAUUAGUAUAUUGAAGUUUUCAGUUGUAUUGUUUAGUUUGGAAGUGAAAAACAUUUUAGAGGAUUAUGUUGGCUUCUUAUAUUAUUCUUGCACUCAAUAUUGCUUAAGAAUCUGUAAUUUCUAUUCAGUAAUUUUUAUAAGAAAAAGCAAUACCUUUACUUUCAGUAGCAAUAUAUGGAUUUGUGAAUAGUCAGUAUAUUGAAUCUAUUACUAAUUUUAAUGAAAUUACCUACCAAUAUGUAACUUGCAUUUUGUUUUCACUUGUUUAACUACAUAUGUGCAGUUAAAAAUUUUUUUAGAGUAACAAAAUUCAUUAUUUAAAAUUACAGCAGAAAAAAAUAUUUACUAUUCGAUUUGGCGUCGCACGAAUAGUAAGUAUUCGCUUCGCACUUCGCUUCGCAUUGAAAAACCGGUAUUCGCACAGGUCUACUAACCAGUUCAGCCAUGCUCUAAACAUGCUAGGUAGUACUGUUGUUAAGUAAACUACUUGAAAUAACUAAAGCACCAAAGAUAAAGUUCACCAGGCUAUUACUAACAACAGGUUACUUAAAUUUAAGUGCAUCGAAUAUUUGUAGGUAAACUUCUUCUUUUCGAGAAAAUUUAGAAUCAAAAGAGGAAUCAAUGGUGUCUUAUAUUUGAGUAAAUACGGAAGUUGCUAGGUGGCUUUCAAUACGUUUUGUUGAAUUUUUCUCUAUUAAUUAUUAAAUGCAUUAGCUGUAUUAGGUCUGGUUCUUUAAUAUCAUAUUCAUGUCCACUACAGAUAGCUGCACUGUUUAGGACAAAGUUUUAACCUUUAAAUACUUUUUUUUUUAACCAGGGCUCUGCAUUUUUGUAGCAGGUGUAAUUAAAGGUGUUCAUUGAUGUAUCAAGACUGUAAAGCUAUGCUGUUCAUAUAUUUUAAUCGGAAUGAAGUUAUCUAACUAAAAGAGUGUGUUCAUUUAUGAGUGGAAGAUGUUAGUGAUGUUUAUAAUUUUUAUUGUUUUCAUGAACACCUUAUUCAAAAGGUAACUUGAUAGUGUAUUUUAUUUUAAAUAUUUUCUGCUUUCUUAUAAGUAAAAACAGUUCUGAAAUCUACAGUAUUUGAAUGAAAUUUUUAAAAUAAUUUUUACAAACCUAGAAAAUCAGGGUGAUAACAUUCUGAAAAGUCAAAGAAAAUGGGGCAAAUCUAUGGAAGAUGGAAUUGGUGACGGAACAUAAGGGUAUUUACUUGAAAUCCUGGAAAAGUCAUGGAAAUCCCCCCAGUUAUAGUAGGUAUUUUGAGGGGAAAAUAUCAUGAUCCAGUCUGCUAUUACUCUGGUGGUGGUUUAAUGCAUAUAUAAAAUGCUAUUUAAUGCAAUAUAAAAAUAGCAUAAGCAAGGUUCUGUUUAAACUAGGCCAGCUAUUGGGUUGGUGGUAGCUGGAUUUGCUUUAUUUCUUUCAUAAAAUUGAAAGAUAGGUAAGUUAUUGAAACAAACAGUUAGGGAAUUUUUUAAGUUGGGCAUGGAAAUUCUAGAAAAAGUCAAGAAAAUUUUAUUUAGAUUUGCCUAGACACCCUGAUGAUUCUAGGUUUUUUUUAAAUUGUUUUUAAGACAGUACAAAAUAUAUUUUUUUGUUUAUUUUUUAUUAAACAAUGCAAACUAUUUAAAGUUUUACUGCUUCAUAGUGGAGUUACAGUUAUUUACACGUUUCUUGCUUUGCCUGACAACUAAACUUAUUGUGUGAAUUCUUUUAGUUAUUCUUUAUCAGUUUGUUAUUACGUAUUUCUUUAUGAAAAAAUAAAUUUUAGUUGUGUUUUUGUAAUCAUAUAAUAAGUUUAGCAUAGAUAACAAAGAGUUAUAUGUGUUAGUACAGAAGGCCUCUCGAUAUGUAGAGAUGUUUAGUUUUUUGAAUUCAGGCAGCUUCAUUUUGGGGUUACAUAUACGUUAUAGUAACUUGAGUGAAAUAGUGAAUUACCUUUUCAGGGCUGAUAAUUAGAUCCUGUAAGAAUAUGUGAUAAUAAUGAUUAUUAUAAUGUAUAUAGAUAUCUUAAAUCAAAUUUUUAUAUGAAAUAAAAUAAAUUAUUUUAAUUUUUAUGUGUAAAAUACAUUUUGGUACAUACUUGUUACUGGUAAUAGCUUUUUCGCUCAUUCUUAAAAUAUAUAAUAUUUAAUAGAGCUGUGUCAAUACGAAUCAGUAGAAGCUGAUUUUGUUGCUAUUUAGUUGCAUCGCCAAUUCUGUCGAUUCACUAUAUACUUGUUAAUUUUCGGCCAAUAUUAUUGAAAAAUGAAAGUGCCGGUCAUAACCUAAAAAUCUCCCAGAACCCUUUACACUUUUUGUACUACUACAUAAUUAAAACUCGCAUCAUUUCCUAGCUAUGUAAGCCGGUCAUACAUAUCAAACUUAAACAUCCUAUGUUUUGAUAAUGUUCUUGAAUCUAAUACAUCGUAAAUAAAUAUAUCACUAGCACGGUAAAGAUAGAUAAGAACAAAAACUUGCUUUAUUGAGAGCACGGCUACCACUGCAAACAGAAAAUACCAACUGCUUGCACUGCAAAGAAAUGUUCGUAAUAUUGUGACAGAGACAUUUUUAAAAUUAACUUAAUGUAAAGUUUUUAAAAUUUAAUAAAUAAAAAACCAAAUAACAUAGAACUUCAAGUAAUGUAAAUUACUUUUACUGUUCUGUUUCCCGUGCAAAGUGACCACAUGAAAUGCAUUUCCGUAUCAAUGUUUAGUACCAUAAAUUUUUGCCGCCUCACACGUGAAUUUGGUAUUGGAAUUCCUGUUCUUUAAUUAAAAACAGGUACAAAGUCUUGCAAUUUAGCAUUUUAAAAUUCCUUUUUUUAAUUUUGUAUUUCAUAGUUACCUGUUAUUAAAUUUUCCAGCCUCCAUUAAUAAAUUUAUGUUUCAUUAGCAAUUAACGGGUCAUCAGCAAACAAAUGAAAAAAGUUAAAAAUACGAGUUUAAAAAAAAACAAGUUAUGUUACGUUUAUAAACUAAAAUACAUGUGCAUUAUACAUGAGUUAUAUUGUAUUAGUAUUUAGAAAAUUUAUAAAAAAUAUUUUUAACCAAACUGUUUUCUCCUGUAUUGGUUCGGAAUCUGUGAAUCGGCAACAGUUGUAUCGGUGUAUCGGAAAAAUUUUGUUUCGGUAUAGCUGUACUAUUUAAUUGUACACUAGUUUAUCAUUCACUGAAUUUUAGUUUUAAAAUUUGUUGAAUUGGCCAUUUAUUUUGGUCUUUUUUUAAUGUUGUUUACUUGCAUUUCUGAAAGGAAAAAAAAAAACAGUAACAAGUGAAUAGUAAUUAUAUUGUUUUAUUUAAACAAUUAAGAUAUUGCAUAUCUGUAACUUUUUGUUUUAUGUAUUUUUAUGUUGUACUUAAUUUAUUCUUUGUUAAAAAGAUGGUAAUGUAAGGAUAACAGCUGUGUGGUGUGUAAAUGUGCUGUAGAGGGUUUGAAAUAGUUCAAGUCUUUACAGGAAACAAUUUUACAGAGUCGUAAUAUAUUUUUGCACAAAAAGAAAGUGCGUACUGUAGAGCUUUUCUGGAAGACUACUUUCAGGACGUUUUGUCUCUCGUAAACAUUAUAUUUAAGGCCUCCAGAAAUGUAAAUAAUGGCGUGUACACAUCCUGUAACUUAAAAAAUUUAAAUGUAAUCUUAAUGAAAUUGUCCAGGGUUCCUUAAAUGUGCUGUGUCACACACAUGUUAUCAUUGGAGUCACUGCUCGGUGUGUGGACACACUGGGACACUUGAUGUACUGACCAGCGUCCCUCUAAGAUCUUCCUUACCUUGGUGCCAAAUAAAGGGCCUUGCCACAUGGGCGCUGUCGCAUCUGUGCGACAUGUCUCUCCUUGUUGGCCAACCAGUCUUCAGUAGCAGCCUACCAUGUUCGCUGGUGUGGUGAUGGUUCUGGUUCACGUGAUACUGCAUAGAGUGCAGCACACAGGGUAGAUUGCUACAGAUGUUCAUCUUGGCUUUAGUCGAGAGCUUGAUACAAAAUACAGAUCAAUGGAAAUAUGUAUUAACAAAAUGUUGAUACUUUUUUUUUUUAAUGAGCUAAGAGUUUAAUGUAUAUUUGUUAAAGUGUUAUUUUCAUGCCUACACAAGUUAUAAUUUUUAUUUAAAUUUUUAGGUUUUUCCAUUUCAGAAAAAUUGUGUCCAAGACAAAAUGGUAACCUACAUUUAAAAUCUUGUUUAGAAUUUUUUUUUGCACUUUUUUUUUUUUUUUUUACUCAUUAUGCUAUUAUUAUCAUUCUCAUUUUUUCGUGACGUCAGAUGCUGUCUGACCUUGAAAGUUGACGUUUGCCAGCUCUGGUCAGACAGAUCCGCUCCAUGCCACCGUACCAUCACCGCCUGAUGUCACCUGUCACAUGAACCAAUCAAAUCCGCAUCUGCACCUCCAGCUCCGACACAUCAGCCAGACACGACGGCGCGAUUGUGGCAUGUCCGUAACAAUACAGUGAACCUCAUUACAAAGUACCUCUCUUUAUAAAGUAUAUAUUUUCAAUCCCUACAAGAGGUACUGAGUACCAAAACCAUGGGUUUUUUCCAGGUAUGUUCAUGGCCCCAUAAAAAUUUUUACACACUACAUCUCUUGUACAUGCAAUGUGAAUUUUAUAAUUGUGCAUGCAUGUUUAGGUAGGUCCACCCACAUACAGUAGAUUUCACUAACCUGGCAAAUAUAUCAGAUUGGGUGACCGAAAUAACCAGAUAGUUCAUUUCUUAUUUCAAUGCGACAUAGCAAGAAAAUAAGUGGAACUUAAAGAAUGAACAUAGAUACUUUUCUGAAGUAUUUUUUCAUACUGUAUUCUGUAAUUUUAUGAAGAUUGAAACACAAAACCCAUUUUAUAUGUAAUGGUACAAGAUAAAAGGAAAAAUUAUACUUGUUAAAUAAUCCAUUAGAGUAAAAUAAUUGUCAACGGUUCUGUUUCUUAAAUUUAAAAAAUGUUGUACAAUUUUGUAUGUUAGUAGCAAUCACUUCUCUAUUAUUUGUAGUUUCUUGGAAAUCAAAGAUGCCUUUAGUUGGAAUUUCUCACCGUUAUUUUCCACUAAUAUUUUUAUGUAUUAAAUAAAUACUGUCUCAUUUCAAGUUUUCAUGGUAUGUAUAGUCUUUGUAAGAUACACUCUUUAAAAUUAUUUAUUAGAUGAAUGUUAUCCAAGUAUGUAAUUGCAUGUGUAAUGAAAAAUUUGAAAAACUAACAUUUUUAAUAAUUAUAUUGCAUACUUGUUUGUGGGCAGUUUAAAAAGUGAGAUUAUGAAUUCUUGUUUAGGUAUUUGCAUGUUACUUGGGCUAUAUUUCCUUUUCUACUGUCAGCCGCUUAGAUCACUGACAAAUGUUCCUUUCCACAUAUCCCAAGGCAGCUGAUAGGUAGCUGUGGAAUGAUUUGACAUCUGGGAUGGAGGCUAUGUUUUCUGUUGGUAAAAUGGCAGGAACAGGAACUUCAUGACACAUCUGAAAUAUUGUUUAUAUGUAUCAGCAUUUGUUAUGAUAUAACUUGCUCAUGUAGCUCAUGCAACAAUAAGGUAAACCCUUUGUAAAGUACUCAUGAAUAUAAAUCCUGAAACUUAUUUUUUUGUUUUUAAAUAUUAACUGGUUCGCAAACCUGUGUAAUUUUAAAAUUAUGUAAUGUUACUGUAUAGGAGCGAGUGAUAAUUAUUUUGAGUCCGUUGUUUGGUGUAAACUGUUAUUUUAAAGCAUAUUUAUCGUGUGCUUGGAAGUAGUUGGCGGCACGGCCAUUAUUUCUACUGCCGAUGGUGCAGACACAUUUCACAACUGAGCUCACCAACCGGCGAGUGACGUUAUUGCCCAGAAGCCUGUGAGCUGUCAGUUGGAAAGGAGGCGUGGCCUUGAAGAAUAGUCGUAUGGAUGGUUGAAAUGUAAUAGUGUGUUGUUUUUCAUGGCUGAGACAUGCAUAGUAAAAACUCCUUAACCACAUAUUUUAAAAAAUGUAUAAAAUUAUAAGAUUAUAACCCAUGCUCUGCGUAUUACAUUAAUGAAAAUUAUCAUUGUGCAGAGAUGUGCCAUUUGUGGUUCCCUCUUUUCUCUCCUUAUAACGUACUUUUGUCUAUCUUUUUAUUUAAAGUUUUAAUGUACCUGUGUUUUUUAUUUAUAAAAUAUUUCAAGUAUGGUAAUGUGGAAAUAAUUUUGUAAAAAUAUUUCUCAUACAUAGUGUGAAAGGUAAGAGAACAAUGCAAAACAAGACUUUUAAAACAAUAAGAGCUGUGUAAAGUUCAGUUAUGCAAUAGGUAUCUUUAAAAAAAAAAUGUGAUAGUUGCAUUACAACAGUCCCUAUAGUAUACUAACAUUUGGUAGUUGCCCUUGAAAAAAUGCUUCAAGUCCAAUUUUGUAUUUUUCAUAUUGCAUGAAUUAGCAAGACUAUUUUGUGAAAUAAAAGUGUACGUGUUAUGCACCAACAUGGCAUAAUGAUUAUAAUUAACUGUUCUGCUUGCCACUAUAAAAGUGCAGUGGGCAGUUUGUGCUGCAAAUGAUUUUGCAAACUGAUUCUGACUUCAGUAUCUCUGCUGUUACCAAAGUGUAUGCUGUGCGCUUGUGUGAAAGUCUGUAUGGUGUUGAAAACUAUUUUUUUGUCAGUUGGUAUAUUUUAUGCAUUAAACAAGUUACAAAUUUUUUACCUUA